AUGUUUCUUCCAGGCUGUCAGAGUGUCCUCUGCAAGGAGCUGCAAACUAAAGGUUGUCAGGAGAGGAUAAAAACAAGCCAGGAAAGAGAAGAAAAAGCCAGGGAUGAACAAGAUGGGGAGGAGAAAGAGGAAGCUAGUCAAGGAGCGCCGCAGGAAGACCAGGAUGGCAAAAAAGUCACUCAGGCAGACCACGAGAGUCCUGAGCACAAGACCACUUCCACCCCAAUGAAGAACGGAAAAGGACAGGAGGACGCGGUGGAGGACAAAGCCCAAGCGGGGAACUCGACUCUGACAGAACCCCCCGUUGGACUCGGGCCGACCUGUGACCUGACCAAGCCUCUCUACCUCGGCUGCGGCGGGUCGGCUCUGGACGAAGCCGGACCAGUGGUGCAGUUGUCUAAGAACCAAGUCCUCGUCCGACCCGCCGCAACUAAGAGGCCACCUGCCCCCUCUUUACCACAAACUGCGGCCCAGGACGGCCUGGAGCCACUUGAGAUCACGCAGGUGUGCGCCACCCGACGCUCCUUCCGCUACGCCGCUCGGGUUCAAGGCCGGGCUCCCUACUUCCCAGAGCUUCGCGGGAUGGAGAGCGUGGAAGGCUGCCCGGUUCCGCCGCCGCCGCCACCACCACCACCACCACCGCCGCCAAAGAAGAAGACAAGGACGCUUUACAGCAGCAGUCAGUUGAAGCACUUGGAGGCCUUCUUCCAGGAGGACCACUACCCCGACGCGGAAAAGAGGAAUGGUAUCGCCGCAUCGGUCGGCGUCACACCUCAGAGGAUUAUGGUGUGCCUGCUCGCCCCUCCCUUGCUGUGUUCCAAGCGUCCUCCCGUUUGGUUCCAGAACCGCCGAGCCAAAUGGCGCAAAGCAGAACGCUUGCAGUCCAAUCAAGUGGAAGGGCAACACGGCAGGGCCAGUUGGAGCCCUGCCCACCUCCUUGCCGUGCCCAACAUGGCAACCACCGCCAGCAGCGAGGUGCAGUCUGCGCCUGUGUUCUCCGUCGGCGCCACGAUGCCAACGCUGGAGACGACGGCGCCGACUUUCUCCACAAACAGCGGGCCCUCCUUCAGCCAGCUGCUGGCGACCAGUCCAGGUCAGUCCAAAAUGAGAGUGCAGCCCGACUUGCGCCCCUGCUCCAUGCACAGCCCUCCCCCCCUGAGGCGAGCUAGCCUCCCCCUCCCCCACCUCGCCGCCAACUUCAACCUGGAAACCCCCCCACCGCCACGGCCGCCUCUCUUUGUGGACGACGGAGCCGCCUUGGGCCACCCUCUGCAGACAGACAGCAGUUGUCUGUUGAACUUGGCCGACUAUCUUGCACCGAGCCAUCAAAGUAGCGCUCAGCUGCCCUUCCAGCUGCAGACCUCGUACCCGCCCGGACAUACGACCUCUGCGUCCCUGCCCACCCAAAUGGCCUUCCUCACCCCUUCCCCCUACCUCACCCCCAACACUGACACCAUGGCCACUUCCUACUUCACAUUUGGCAGCGCGGCAAGCGCCAACUACGUGCAGUCGCAGGGCGGCGGACCGAUCCUGCUCCAGCCCACCGGCCACUGUGGCAUGACGUCCUACCAGUCGUACCCUUGGGCUAAUAUGUACGCCCAGCCUAGCGUUCGCCAGAUCGCUCCCAAUUAUGCGUCCGGAUUUGCUGCCGCUCGGGACCUCCAGGUGCCGCCGUCGUCCUCCUCCAGCGGCGUGCCGCCAUGCUUCUCGCGUCCGUACACGCGGGGCGGCACCACUGCCCUGCCGCCCGUGUCCACCCUGCAGCCGUCCCGCCUCAGGGCCGAGGGCGCGAUGGCAACGAGGGGGGCGGCGGCGGUGGCACCUCUGCUCCCCUCGCAGGCCAGCCCUGGCUCCCUUCACAGCCCUCUGGCGCCUUCUUCUGUCAAGAUUGAGUACGACAGCCUGCGAGUAAUUCACAGCCACUUCCAGCCAGAGUUGUCCCCCAUUCACUUUUGA